UCUGUGGUAUUAUUUGGUAUUGUUUUGCUAUUCUGUAACCAUGGUUACAGCCUGGACAACGGUUUGGCUUUGACUCCACCGAUGGGGUGGUUGUCAUGGGAACGUUUUCUGUGUAAUACCGACUGUGUUAACGACCCAGAUAAUUGCAUCGGUGAGAAUUUAUAUAAACAAAUGGCGGAUCGUAUCGUAGCAGACGGAUAUAAGGAUGCUGGCUAUGAAUACGUCUGUAUAGAUGAUUGUUGGUUGGCUCCCACUAGAGAUGCAAAUGGUCGACUACAGCCUGAUCCAUUAAGAUUCCCUGGUGGAAUUAAGGCUUUGGCUGAUUAUAUUCAUUCAAGAGGACUGAAGUUUGGCAUAUACGAAGACUUUGGCGUUCAGACAUGUGCCAAGUUUCCCGGAAGUGAAUACCACUUACAGUUAGAUGCCCAAACGUUUGCUGAUUGGGGCGUGGAUCUACUGAAGUUUGAUGGCUGCAAUUCUAAUCCAGCAGACAUGGCUCGUGGUUACCCUCAAAUGAGUAUGUAUUUAAAUCAAACUGGUCGACCAAUCGUAUUUUCAUGUGAAUGGCCGCUAUAUGAGACUAAGGCUAACUAUGCUGAUAUAAGAAAAGCUUGCAACCAAUGGAGAAAUGAUCACGAUAUUGCCGAUGACUGGAGUAGCGUUUUGGAUAUUAUAACUCAUUAUGGUAAAAAUGAAGGUGAUUUCGCAUCUUUUGCCGGACCUGGUGGCUGGAAUGAUCCUGAUGAGUUAGUUAUUGGAGAUUUUGGCUUAAGUCAAGAUCAAGAGAAGGUGCAGAUGGGAAUGUGGGCUAUGAUGGCGUCACCACUUCUCAUGUCCGUCGAUCUCCGAAAUAUUCGAAACGAGUCACGUGAUCUUUUAAUUAAUAAGAGGAUUUUAGCCGUUAACCAAGAUAAGAUUGGAAAACAAGGGAGAUAUAUAUUUACAGUGUCGACUACAGUGGAUGUUUGGAACAGAACAAUUCUACCAGAAGGAAGCGUCGCAGUUGCUUUUCUUAACAGAAUUAAUUACGGUGGGCCUAGACAAGUUAUUCAGCGCUGCAGUGACCUCGGAUUAAUCCGACCAAAUGGUUAUGUUGUAACAGAUGUAUUCACCGGUGACGUCAUAGGGAAUUUUAAACCGAACGAUAUCCUCACUAUCGAUGUUAAUCCUAUGGGAUUAAGUAUGUAUACCGCUAAUCCACUAUAA